AUGCCGGGGACAUUCGAGCUGCCGUCCUUUCCUCCAGCUCAGCAGGCUCAAAUCAUCCGCUCACAUCAACGCGACCUCUUUCAUGUCUCUGCAUUGCGUGAGCAGACUGAAGGAGUGCUCCGGUCGUGGCUAGGGACACGAUGGAUGACACGGUGGGAUAAGGAGAUUGAGCUAGCCACGAAACUCCUAUAUUAUGGCCUGACGGUUGGGCAAGCAGCCCAGACAUUGGGGGAGGAGUAUACAGACAUCUGGCUACACUCAGCAAAUGCCAGUAGACCUCCAUCGCGACGCACUAGGCUAGCUCUCCUGCUACUACCCACCCUGCCGUCCUACCUAUUAGCGAGAUGGGGAUCACGUCUUUCUCCCUCUUCUAGACUCGGCUCUGUAUUGCGGAGACUACCGACACUCUUGGAGAUUAUCUCUGAGAUGAACCUGGCUGUGUUCUAUUUCCGUGGGGUAUAUUAUGAUAUAGUCAAAAGGGUUCUGGGAGCUCGAUAUAUUUCUUCUCUUCCACAAGACCCAAAUACACGACCACCCUCAUAUUCCCUUCUAGGCAUUCUUCUCACAAUCAGACUAACAUAUCGCUUAGUGAAAUUCAUCCGAAGUCACACUCAUGGAGAUGAACAAGGCUCAGCAUCUUCACAGGGGAAGAGAACGACGGAUGAUAACCAGGAGACAUACAUCGAUGAUCGGCGUGUCUCGUCCAUGCUAGGUCCUGAAAGACCAGAUGAUCGCCCGCCGUUAGCCGCGGAGCAGGAUGAGCAUACAACACUCGAUUUCACACUGAUACCUGCCGCCGCCAGAGCAAAUCGAAACUGCACAUUAUGCUUGGAGGAGCGUACUGCCACGACCGCUACCGAAUGUGGUCACCUUUUCUGUUGGGAUUGCAUUGUCGGUUGGGGUAGAGAGAAGGCGGAAUGUCCGCUCUGUCGACAAGCACUAAGUCUGGCUGCCCUGCUGCCCGUGUACAACUUGUAG